UAUCACUGUGAUAUCUGUGGUAAAUCAUACUCUGAUGGCAGUACCUUAAUUAAACACAAACGUAUUCAUACAGGUGAGAAACCAUAUCACUGUGAUAUCUGUGGUAAAUCAUUCUCUGAUGGUAGUAACUUAACUGCACACAAACUAAUUCAUACAGGGGAGAAACCAUAUCACUGUGAUAUCUGUGGUAAAUCAUUCUCUCAAAUCAGCAGCUUAACGAAUCACAAACGCAUUCAUACAGGAGAGAAACCAUAUUCCUGGGAUAUCUGUGGUAAAUCAUUCUCUCAUAGCAGUAGCUUAACUAGUCACAAAUGCGUUCAUAUAGGAGAGAAACCAUAUUCCUGUGAUAUCUGUGGUAAAUCAUUCUCUGAUGGCAGUAGCUUAGCUCGACACAAGCGUAUUCAUACAGGGGAAAAACCAUAUCACUGUAAUGUCUGUGGUAAAUCAUUCUCGGAUGACAGUCACUUAACUCAACACACGCGUAUCCAUACAGGAGAAAAACCUUAUUCCUGUGAUAUCUGUGGUGAAUCAUUCUCUGCUGGCAAUAGCUUAACUCGACACAAACGUAUUCAUACAGGAGAGAAACCAUUUCCUUGUGAUAUAUGUGGUAAAUCUUUCCCUGAAAACUUUAGCUUAACUCAACACAUACGUAUUCAUACAGGGGAGAAGCCAUAUAACUGUAGUAUCUGUGAUAAAUCGUUCUGUAAUGACAGUCACUUAACUCGACACAUACGUACUCAUACAGGAGAGAAACCUUAUCCCUGUGAUAUCUGUGGUGAAUCAUUCUCUGCUGGCAGUAGCUUAACUCGGCACAGACGUAUUCAUACGGGAGAGAAACCAUUUCCUUGUGAUAUAUGUGGUAAAUCUUUCACUGAAAAUAGUGGCUUAACUAAACACAAACGUAUUCAUACAGGGGAGAAGCCACAUAAGUGUAGUAUCUGUGAUAAAUCAUUCUCUAAUUAUAGUCACUUAAUUCGACACAUCCGUAUUCAUACGGGAGUGAAGCGUUUUCCCUGUGAUAUCUGUGGUAAAUCAUUUUCUGAUGACAGUAGCUUAACUAAACACAAGCGUAUCCAUACAGGGGAGAAACCAUAUCACUGUGAUUUAUGUGGUAAAUCUUUCACUGAAAUCAGGCAGGUAACUUAA